GCGCCGCGGAGCGAUGGCGGCGGCGGCCGCGGGCGCGUUCAGCCUGAGGGAGGUUCUGGACGCGUUCCGCAGGUGCGUGACGGAGCAGCGGGAGGUGCUGCUGGAGCCUUACCUGAGCGGCUGGCGGGGGCUCAUCCGCUUCCUGCAGAGCCUGGGCACCGUCUUCUCCUUCAUCUCCAAGGACGCCGUGGCCAAGGUGACGCUGCUGGAGGGGCACUGCCAGCGCCAGCGCUUCGUGUCGCUGCAGUCCAUGGUGGAGCAGGAGCUGGCGGCGGGGCCGGCGGCGCUGCGGGCGCGGCCCGACUCCGGCUGCCGCACGGUGCUGCGGCUGCACCGCGCCCUGCGCUGGCUGCAGCUCUUCCUGGAGGGGCUGCGCUCCGGAGACCCCCGCACCUCCGUGCUCUGCACCGACGCUUACGACGCCUCGCUGGCCGCUCACCACCCGUGGGUGGUCCGCAAGGCCGCCAGGCUGGCGUUCUGCGCUCUGCCCUCCCGAGAGGCUUUCCUGGAGGUGAUGAACGUGGGCCCGCCCGAGGAGGCGGUGGCGAUGCUGGGAGAGGCCAUCCCCUACAUCGGAGAUGUGUACGGCAUCACGCAGGAGCUCUUCGAGCGGCACAAGCUGCUCGACCUGCCCUGACGGCGCUGGAGGUUUUUAGGGGCGAAAAUGGAGUUUUUGGGGGUGAAAAUGGCAUUUUGGCAGAAGCACAACCCCUCCCCUCCCCCGGUUCUCUGGCCGCGGUUAUUUCCACUUUUCCUUUCCAGCCUGGAGCUGAGGAGUUGGCCAAACGAUUCACUUUUGAUAAACGUGGACCAGUUCUUUUUCUUUUUGUUUUUUUUACAUCUGUCAGUUUAUGUGUAGAGCUCUACAGUUGGGAAAAAAAGAAUUCCACAUUAGGAUGAGCUGCCAAGGGAUAUUUUGUUGUUGUUGUUGUUUGGUUGGUUUUUUUUUGUUGUUGUUCCCAGAAAAGGUUUUUCUUUUCAAGCCAAACUUCAGCACCUUCUGUGCAUUUCCAGCAAGAGCUGUGGCCUCGUGUGACAGCACAAAUUUGAGCUGUGGUGUCUGAACACAUUUAAACCCCCCUGGGAGCUCACCUGGCUCACUUUGGUUCGUACAAAAAAACCCCAGCUGGGGCUUCACCUGGAGAAUUUUAAUGCUUUAAAUUACAAUGAGUUUAAAGGAAGCUCCUUUCCCUGCAGCAGCCACCUCACUGUGGGGCCCCAGGAGCUGAAGGAAGUGAGGGGUGGGUGUCAUUACCUAAAAAGCGUUCCUGGAGCAGGGAUCCAUCCAGCAGCACUUUCCCUCUUGUGUCACGUCCCUGCCCUUUGAAUCCACGCUUUUUGCACUUGGGCUGUGCAGAUUUUCAUUUGUGCUGCACAAUCCUCUCUGUCCAGCCCGGCCUGGAGCUGUUUGCCUCUGAGUCGCGUCCUUUUGUGUUACAUUUUUAUUUUCCGCUGUUGUUAUGAACGUGUCAAAACGCCUACGAAAAGGAUUUUUCUGCCUUUCUCAGAGAGGGAAAUGCACACCUGUACUGUAACUCGCUGCUUUGUGAGGCUCCUGCCUUCUGCUGCAAGCCACUGCAGGGCCAGGGGAUGGCAGCUGGGGUGGACUGAGCCUUGGGGGAGCUGCGGGAGCGCCGCAGCCUUAGUCCAGGACGACAGCGACGCCUGCGGGGAUCCUGGUUGUCUCUUCGUGGGCCUAAAGUCACUCUGAAAACUUCAGGAAAUCACUAUUACCUCAUGGAGACUGGACUAACUGCACAUUAAAUUAUGUGAAGGAGGUGUUUCUGAGCAGUGUCCUUUGUGGGGUCUCGCUCUGGGGGUGUGCUGGUGGAAGGGACAGGAUUUACACAGUGACCUACUCGGGUUUUUCUUUCCCUGGAAAAUAGCAGUUGGCUUUCACCUGUGCCGGGAAUGAAAUGCCUUUAAACUAAAUCAAAUAACGUGUGUCAAGGGGGGAAAAAAAAUGGGUUUAGAUCUCCUGAAAUGAUGGUAUUUCAUCAUUUCACAAGAAAAAAGACUUCAUCUCCCAUGUCACACUCGUUCUAACUGUUCCUCUUAGGAGAUAAAUAUAAAUAUAAAUAAAUACGAACUUGCCCCAAAUUCAGGAUUGUGUUUAGAACUUCUUUGUAUAAGUUUUAUCGUUAAAGCUGACGCUUAAAUAGUGCAGUGAAGGGAAAGGAUCCUUAAAAAAUACCUGGAAAACACGGCUGCAACUGGUGCUUCCCUGACGUAUUCCUGUAUUUAGGUCCCUGUAUCUGCUUCUCUUCCUGCAAGGAAAAUAUUCCAGCCCUGGAGCAUGGCUUUGGCAGCAAAAGCACUUUUCUGAUACAAUAGAAAAAUGCAGGAAAUUGAACUUUUCAUUCAGAGCUGUCCUAAAAUGCAACCCUGGACAGAAAAAAAUACAGUAAUGAAACCUAAAUUACCAUGCUGUGAACUUGGAUUUAAGUUUUUAAACUGAAAAUAAUGUCCCAGCUCAGUGUGAGGGAAAUAAAAAAUUAUAUCAGCCAGUAACAACUUCCUAAAAAAGUAUCAAUUCAGCUGAGUGACAGCUCACCAAGCUUAAUUAACUCACAAGAUUAAUUAAAUUCUGACCCUGGAAUGGCCUCUCCAGGCAAAUUCCUGCCAUGCCCUGAGGAAGAUCUGGUUAUUUCCAUGAUGAGCUGA